AUGGCAAAGGCAGGGAGGCCAGAGGAGGACUCGGAGAGCAGCAGUGAGGAAUCGGACAGUGAGGAGGAGGCGCCAGCUGCUAAGACUGCACUUCAGGUGAAGGCCUCAGGGAAAACCCCGCAGGUCAAAGCUGCCUCAGCCCCCACCAAGGCGUCUCCCAGGAAAGGGGCUGUCCCAGCACCCCCUGGAAAGGCAGGGCCUGCAACUACCCAGGCCAAGGCAGGGAGGCCAGAGGAGGACUCAGAGAGCAGCAGUGAGGAAUCGGACAGUGAGGAGGAGGCGCCAGCUGCUAAGACUGCACUUCAGGUGAAGGCCUCAGGGAAAACCCCGCAGGUCAAAGCUGCCUCAGCCCCCACCAAGGCGUCUCCCAGGAAAGGGGCUGUCCCAGCACCCCCUGGGAAGGCAGGGCCUGCAACUACCCAGGCCAAGGCAGGGAGGCCAGAGGAGGACUCAGAGAGCAGCAGUGAGGAAUCGGACAGUGAGGAGGAGGUGCCAGCAGUGGUACCUGUAACCUCAAACCUGGCUCAGGUAAAGCCCUUGGGGAAAAACUCCCAGGGCAGAGCCACCUCAGCCACGGGACCCUCUGGGAAAGGCGCUGUCCCAGCACCCGCUGGGAAGGCAGGGUCUGCAGCCACUUUGGCUCAGGCUCAGAAGCAGGAGGAGGACUCAGAGAGCAGCAGUGAGGAGUCAGACAGUGAGGAGGAGGCAUCUGCGGCCAUGACUCCAGCCCAGGCAAAACCAGCUAUGAAAGCUCAGACCAAGGCCUCCCCAAGGAAGGGUACUCCCAUUACCCCUGCAUCUGCCAAGGUCCCCCCAGUGCGAGUGGACACAGUGACUUCGCCAGCCUGCAUAUUCUCCCCAGCUGUGGCCAGCGGCACCUAGAGGGGUGGGGAGGAUUCUUCAAGCAGGGAGGAAUCAGAGGGUGAGGAGGAGGCAGCUUUUGCCACAGCAGGGGCACAGGCUAAGUCGGGGAAAAACCUCCCAGUGAAAGCUGCCUCAGGGCAAGGGGCUGCCCUGGGACUCCCUGGGAAGGCAAGGCCCAUGUUGGCCCAGGUCAAAGCUAAGACACACGAAGACUCAGAGAGCAGUGAGGAAGAAUCAGACAGUGACGAGGCUCCCUCGGCUCCAGCACAGGUGAAGGCUUCAGUGCAAACCCCUCAGAGCAAAGCCCACCCUGCUCCCCCCAGAGUGGCUUCAGCCAAUGGGGCAACAUCAGCUCCCAGGAAAGUGGUCACUGCAGCUGUUCAAGCCAAACAGGGGUCCCCGGCCAAGGCAAAGCUGCCAGUGAGAACCCCCCAGAGCAGUGCCAUCUUGGUGAGGGGCCAGGUGUCUGUGCCAGCUGUGGGGAAGGCAGCGGCCCCAGCAGCCCAGGCCCCAGGGCCAGUCGACUACGCCUCAGAGAGCAGUGAGGAAGAGACCGACAUCAAGGGGGAGGCACCUACUCCGGUAAAGCCCUCAGGGAAGACCACCCAGGUCAGAACUGCCUCAGCCCCUUCCAAGGAGUCCCCCAGGAAAGGGCUUGCCCUGCCACCCCCUGAGAAGGCUCAGGCUGGAAAAAAAAAGGACUCGGAGAGCAGCAGCGGGGAGGAGUCGGACAGCGACAGGGAGGCACCAGCAGCUUUGCCGGCAGGCCAGGUGAUUAAAACCCCUCUGAUUUUUGUCGACCCUAAUCGUGGUCCAGCUGGUCAGGCUGCUACCCCUGUGCCCACCCAGGCUGCAAGUGCCCAGCAGAAGGCCAGGAGCUCCUCGUCCGAGAGCGAGGAUGAGGAUGUGAUCCCCGCUACGCAGUGCUUGACUCCCGCCAUUAGAACCAAUGCAGUGUCCAUGCCCACGGCCCACCCAAGGACAGCUCUCAGAGCCAGCCUUGGGGCCAGCAGCCGUGAGGUGUCCAGUCGGGUGACAAAAGGCAAGAAGCAGGAGGCACCUGCCACUCAGGUGACAAAGAGGAACCUGGCUAACCUCCCGCUGACCCAGGCUGCCCUGAAGGUCCUUGCCCAGAAAGCCAGUGAGGCCCAGCCUCCUGUUGCCAGAACCCUGUCUUCAAGUGGGAUUGACGGUGCCCUAGGCUCACUCCCUGUGGCGAGUCCCCAGAGCACCCCCGUGAAAGCAGGAGUGACCAACCAGGUCAAAAAGCCCAAGGUUCCUGCAGUACAGCGGGCCACAGUCCCUCCCUUGGGACGCCCCAAAGCCAAGGCCUCUGGGACCUCAGAUGAUAGCGACAGCAGCAGCAGCUCUUCAGGGAGUGAGGAGGAUGCGAAGAGGCCCCAGGCGGCCCCGUUGGCCCACAGGCUGGGGCCAGCACCCGCUGGGAAUGAGACCUUGGUGGAGGAAACCCCAGCAGAGUCCAAUGAGGAUGAGGUGGUAGGCUCUACCAGGUAGCCUUCCCAGUCUCUCCUCUCAGGUUAUGUGCCCCCUGGGUUGACUUCAGCCAAUUCCCAGGCUGCAAAGGCCACUUCCAAGCCAGACCCCAACCCCUUGGUUUCCUCUGCUUCGGCCACCAAAGAUGCCCCGGAUGGCGAGCAGAAAGUGGAGCCCCAACAAGCACCAGGCACCACGUCCCCUACAACAGGCAGAAGAGAGGCCAGCACCACACCUCAGAAUCCCGGGAAGGGGGCCAGGAGCACUGAAGCCUCAACGCUGGCCCUGCACAGCGACAUCGCCCGGUGGCUCCUGAGUGAGCCCUGGCCCCUGAGCGAGGCCCAGGUCCAGGCCUCAGUGGUGAAGGUUCUGGCAGAGCUGCUGGAGCAGGAGAGGAAGAAGGCUGUGGGCACCGCCAAGGAGGGCAGCAAGGAGAACCACAAGCGGAAGCUGUCGGGAGAGCAGGCAAUGGCCAGGGCCCCCAAGAGGAGGACUCAGAGAGCAGCAAGCAAGAAGAAGAAGCUGGUGGCCGAGGGAGGCAGGGAGGGUGCUGUUUCCUCAGAAAAGGCCCCCAGUACUACUCAGGGGAAAUCUGAGAAAGACACAGCAAGUGGUGGCAGCAAAGAGAAGGACAAGCCAGAAGGGGAGCCAGAGAUGGUGAUGGUUGAGGGUGGAGGCCAAGCCAACCCAAAGAACAAGGAGAGAAAAAAAUCUAACAAGGAAAAAAAGAAAAAGAAGAAGAAAGCCAAAAAGGCCUCAACCAAAGACCCUGACUCACAAAUACAGAAGAAAAAGAAGAAGACAGAGCAGCAGACUGUCUGA